ACCACCGUGCUCGUUCCCUCAAUAAGUAUUAAAUUGUCCACUCUAAUGGCCUUCUUCUCCGGAGUGCAUACUCAUCAGACAAAACUCAGCGCGGAACAUUCUUUUCUUGGGAAAAAAAUUCAGGUCUGCAGGCGAGUCAUUCAAUCUUGAGGAGCUUUCAUGGCGGACAGUUCGGAGUUCGAUCCCGAGUUGCUUCUUACUCAUAAAUUCCCAGAGAGCACAUACAACUAUGAUGAAAGAGAUGCAGCACUUUAUGCUCUGGGUAUUGGAGUGUGUGCGAGGGAUGCUUUGGAUGACAAUGAGCUCAAAUAUGUUUACCAUGAGAAUGGACAGCAAUUCAUUCAGGUUUUGCCAACUUUUGCCACUCUAUUUCCUUCUGGAUUUAUAGCAGACAUUUCGCAGCUGCCAGGCCUAUCAUAUGAUCGUCUAUUGCAUGGGCAACAAUAUGUAGAACUCUACAAGCCGUUUCCUUCAAGUGGUUGCUUGCAAAAUAAAGCAAGUAUCGUGGGAUUGCAUGAUAAAGGCAAAGCAUCUAUUGUUGAAGUUGAAGUUGCCAGUUAUGAGAAAGAUUCUGGUGAACUGUUAUGCAAAAAUCGGAUGACACUCUAUUUUGGAGGUAUCGGUGGCUUCUCAAAAUCAUCUAGGCCCUUUUCCUACUCGAAGUAUCCAAUCGACCACAUUUCAACAGAUAAAAUUCCACAGGAUCAACCUUUUGCAGUAUAUGAGGAUCAGGUCCAACCAUCACAGGCACUGUUGUAUAGGCUAUCUGGUGACUACAAUCCUUUGCAUGUAGAUCCCAAUUUUGCAAAAAAUGCUGGAUUCCCUCGCCCUAUAGUGCAUGGACUUUGCACCUUUGGGUUUGCAGUUAGGGCAAUCAUCAGAUGUAUCUGCAGAGGGGACCCAAACAUGGUCAGAAGCAUAUCAGGCAGAUUCCUUUUGCAUGUCUUUCUUGGAGAAACUCUUAUCACUGAAAUGUGGCUAGAGGGUUCAAGAGUGAUAUAUCAGUCAAAGGUGAAAGAAAGAAACAAGGCAGUUCUUUGCGGCUAUGUAGAUCUCAAUCAUUUAGCUUCGUCGCUGUGAGUUAGAUUGAUGCAGAUGUCAGAAAAGAUGUUUUUGUGAACUGUGAUUGUUUUUUUAUUUCUGAUUUAAAGAAUUAUCUUGACCAACUUAUAUCUUUUUCCCCUGCUGGAUCUUGGACUAGGUUGGGUGAUGAGUGCUGUAGUUAAUGAACCUUGCUUUAUAACAUGAAACUUAGUAGGAAGAGAAGGAAAGAGAGGAAGGGCAGUGUUUAAAAAUAA